UGACAGGCUUUGAAAGCUUUGCUAAACGAGUUACGGCAGUGUUCGGUGAUUUUUUCAUGGCUUUUUGAAGUUCGUUAUGAGGUUGUGAUAUGUGUCAGUCAAUCGCCAUAAAAAAUUUUGACACAAAUUCCCAUCAAAUUUUGUUUCCCCACUCGAUGAACGGUUUUAAUUCAAUGAUCAAGACAUUUUCUAUUUUAUUGAACGCGAUACUUGGUAGAAAUACAGUAAAAUACUUUUCAAGGAAUGUGGCACUUUAUCGGGAUAACGAUUGUUUUCCUCGUCUCAACAUCAAUCAGUAUCGAAGCGUCUCAAGAUAUAUACUCGCGAAACAAUGAGAGACAACAACAGAUGAUCAAUUGGUUGGAAGCAGUGAAGAUGGCCCUAGCGCCUCGCGAUACAACUUGGAAAGAACUGAAAGAUUCUCUGAAACAUUUGCAAAGAAGGUCGAUUAUAAAAUUGGGCGUUGAGGAUGGUCCAUCAGUGCACAGACUGGGCUCAAAGAGUCCCGCAUUCGUGAGAUGGUCAUUCUGGCCGGAUAUCGAGAGUGAUAAGAUUAUCAGCUCCAUCGAGCAACAUCGAAAUCACGCUUUGGUCCUCCAGGAACGCAGAAAUCCUUCCUUCAGUCCCUGGGGUGGUAAACGUGACUCGAGUGCUUACAAACCUGAUCCCAAGAUAAGAAGGCCGGCACGAGUACCGUUCAACAGUUGGGGUGGCAAGCGGGAUGGUGAACAUACAGAUGUCAUUAAGAAACCAUUCAACAGCUGGGGUGGCAAGAGGUCUUUAGUUAUCGGGGAUAUCUUACGUGCACCAGCCAGUGAUAUCUUGAGAAAUUCUUGGCAUCAUUCAAUUAUUAAUAGUCCCAAAUCAGUCGCUCUUCAACCCCACGAUUUCCUCAUGAGUGAUUUCCCUCCAAUGGAGAAAAAGGAAUUCUUUAAUGCUGGAGGCAUGGCUGUCAAUAGGAAUGUACCCAGGGUGGCGUUCGAGCCGUGGGGUGGGCGAAAACGCGACAGCGACGCAUCGAGCGAGAUUGAUAUAACUGUUACCCCUUCACCUUAUAUUGAUUGUGAAUAAACAACAAUCCUAUUAAUUGUCAUGAAAAUGAUCCCCAUUCAAAUCCCAAAAAAAUAUUCUUCAGUUUUGUUUGACGGCGAUGUUAUGUGUAGUCAAUAGACAGAUUAUAAAACAUUGCAUAGAUAUCGAAAUAUAAAUAUAUGAAUAAAUUAGUAGAAAUUUGACUCACAGUAUCAAUAUUCAACGGUCCAGUGAGAGAGUGGAGGAUCGAGGGUGGAUUAUCUGAAAGAGUUCAAUAAAAUAUUAGGAUUGACCAUUAAACAUGGAUUUAUGAAGACGACUGAUGAUGAAAUAUUGUAUUUGAUUGAAGUACCUGU